CUGGCCAAACAGAGUUUCUGCCAAGUGCUUCACCAGAAAUUGUGCAAUAUGAGCUUCCAUUAUGUCGAUAGAGGCCUAUCACGGUUUCUCCAAGGACAUAGUGUGAUAGUGGUUGAGGAAGCAUUUGAACCAUUGCAACUGGAGAAUUGCUUUCAGCAACUCGUCCAGAGAUGGCCCAUACUCCAGGCCAGAGUGAACCUUUUGCGUACAGGGACGUUUCCUACAUCGCAAACCCACUCAUUCUUCCAACAUCGUGUUAUCGACGCUACACUUGCCGAAACUGUCCCCUUUUAUCCAAUCAUUCACCAUAGCAUGCAGGAGGAUGACUACAAGCGAUUGAGGGAUCUUACAUCAGUACCUCGCUCCAUCUAUACAACUUUAUUUCCUCCAGUCUGUAUGGCUAUGAUUGGGUGGGCCUACGCAGCUCUCCUCUCGGGAAACCCUAUUGAUAUUCCUGAUUUCCAUCGGCCAGUCACUCUCCAAUUCGACGCCGCCCCACACAAUCCAACCAAUCCUCAUCAUUGUCAUGACCCCUCCCCUAGCACACUAAGCACUGGUAGUAACCACCUGUUCUCCGGGGGACUGUCACAUUUCACCCUGGGUGUACUGUGGCACCGACUGGCACCAGCGUCGUGUGGCAAUACGGGGUCUUCCCGCAUGAUGCACUUCCCAGCGCUAGUAAUUGAUCAGAUUGCCGAUCAUGCUACGAAACAAGAUAUUCGCAUAAGUCGUGUGGACAUUCUCAUGGCUUUGAUUCUUCAGGCAAAUGUACGGGCAUUCCCCCAUGACUCAACAACCACUUCCUACCCGCUGGGUUUCAUGCUCAACUUCAACCACCUACUGGUCAAUCCUGCCACAUUCCACAACAGCUUCUGGCCUGUCCCAAUUCCACGGCCGCCAGACCUCGAUCCCAGUCAAUUCAGCCACGAGUCGACGAUUAACCUAGCAGCCCACAUUCGCCGUGUGACGCGGGUCGCUCAAUCAGCAGAAUGCCUCGAGGCUUUCAAUGUCCAAUAUCAGCAAAUGGGGCCCUGGCACCUCUGGCAUCCGCGAGCAGUCAGUCCCUCCCAUCCCAGGACUAUAGUCUCCUCCAUGGCCCAGUUAAACCCCUACGAUUUGGAGUCUAAUUCCGGUGUGCGGCCGCUCCUUUUCGACGUUCGCAUUGAAACCAUGGAUCUGGCACAAUAUCUUGGCAUCUAUCUGCAUGGUGCCAUCAGCGUUAACGUAGAUCGUAAUGGCACGGGUUUUUGUUUGACCGGGUCUUUGCAUCCGGACCUGUGGAGAGAGUUGGAGAUGAUUCGUGAUAGCUUCCUGUACAGAUCGAACCAUGGUUUCAAGUCAAAGCUUUGA